UAACUAGCUAUCUACCAUGGAGAGGAAGGCGGUGUGCAUCUCUCUUGUCAUCUUCGCGCUCGUACUGUUCGCUGGCCCGGACCCAGUGGCCGCUGCGGUCUGCAGCGUGGGCGAGGUGGUGAUGCCAAUGUCAUCGUUCUUCAGGCUGGAGGACAGCAUGGCGCCGGAGCUCGGGGUGGACCUGGACGUGCACCGCCGCGUCUUCGGCGACGUCGGCAAGGGAGCCCUGGACCCCAACAAGUCAGCCUGCAAGCCGAAGUGCGCCGGGGACGGACAGCCGUACACCGGCCGGGGAUGCCAAGCCAUUUACGGUUGCGUCCCUAAAUAAUCUGAUGAAUGGGCCUGCACUACCGACGUCAAUGCAACCUCAUUAGGCCGUGUUCGGUUGCCAGGGAAUUGAAAGGGAUGUAGUGAUAUAUGCCCUUCGCUGGCCGUGUUCGUGUUGGUGGUGAUUUUUCUACUGAUCAAUGCGCUUCGAUGGCCUAAGAAUCUCUUGCCGCCUUGUAGAUCGCUCACUAUGCUGAUGUAGUGAUAUAGGAGUAUGUCGAGUUCGCUGCCGAGGGGAGGUGCAAUGGCUCGGCUUAGCUUUGCCCUUUGAAGUAGUUGGUGGUUCUCUGUGUCAUGGCGUAAUCUCGGUGAUAUGAUGCCUCUCUUUUUCUGUUUUUGUGUAUUUCUGUGCAUGUGUCGUAUGUAGUUUGUAGUGCCGGUUGUGUCGUAUCCUACUAAGGAUGCGUUUGGUUUGAUGACCAAAUGAAUGUCAUGGUUCCGUUGUAAA